AUUACGUCGAAAUCGGUUCUACGGAGCUAAACUCAUGUGCCAUCUGCCAGAGAACAUUUCGGCCUGAUGCUUUGGAAAGACAUCAAAAGAUCUGCGAAAAGAAUGCCACAAAGAAACGCAAGGUAUUUGAUUCUUCAAAACAAAGAGCCCCGGAAGAACUUAAGGAAAUCGAAGUUUAUUCUCGAGUUAAACCCACAGAAAAACCAGCCGCUAAGAUCAGAAAACACGACCAACGGACUUCACAUGCUGCAGUUUCUCCAGGUGACGUUACGAAACAGGAUAAUGAAAAAAAGCCUAAGAGUAACUGGAGAGAAAAGCACGAGGAACUAAUACAGACAAUCAAAAAAGCCAGACAGAAAGAUGAUGGGAAGGCUGAACCGGAACCUGCGCAGAAGAAAAAAGUUCCUUCUGAUUAUGUUCAAUGCCCAGGCUGUCAAAGGAACUUUAAUCAAAGAGCGGCCGAAAGGCAUAUUCCUUGGUGUCAACAGAAAAAAUCAGAGACACCGAAAUCUCCAGCAACGGAUGAAGCUAAGGAAAAACUCAUUGCGAGAGUUAAAUAUCGUCCUCCACAAGGCAAAUCUGUCGCCACGCAACGAAAAGCAAAGACUGCAGGAACUACGCAAUCUUUGCCGAAGAAACAACCUGUAGAAAGGGAACAGAUUUCACGUUCUUCACCUCCAACUCUUCUCGACAACAGGAAUACAAAAAAGAGCGAGCCUGAAAAAAGGAAUAACAAUGGGAUCCACUUAAAGUUGAGAAAAAGGAGUGGAAGUAAAAACACAGAAAAGGAGAAACUACUGUCAGAUCCCCUCUCUCAUCACAUAAUAAAAUUCAAAGAACGAUUCCCGAAUCAUACGAGUAAAAGGAAUGUUGAUUUAGAAGAGUCCUUAACUUCCGAACAAUUCCACGAGUUGCUGAGCUGCAGUCGGAUAAGCGAAAGAUGUCCAAGAACUGUACCGGGUGUUCGUUUAUCUGGAGGUCAUCAGAGUAAUAGAAAUGAAAACUGGAAUGACAGGAGGACUGAUGUCAGCAGAUCAGCCUCCAGUGGAAGUGGAUCGACAAACAGUUGGAACAAAAAAUUAAUUAACCGCUCUUCAACCCUACCGGAAGUGUCAAGUAGUGAAUUACCUGGUGUAACCUGGAUGAACAAAGGAUGUUGGAACGGAGAUCUUGACAACUCCUUUAGUUCGACCGGAAGUAGUGGCAGUAGCAGCACAGGAUCUUUACUACCCUUAAGUCGUGAGAGCAAUGAAGAUGUGCCAAUGACAUUCUACUGUCAUCAAUGCAGUAGCAAGUUUCCUCUCAUAAGUGCAAAAUACUGCUGUGAAUGUGGAGCGAAAAGAAAAACUCCCACACCUAUUUGCAUAAGCCAGACUGGUUGAAAGAGAUAACAAAAUCUAGCGAGUUGUUAAUUUGUAAACAUCUGGUAGAAAAGACUACAUUGAUGAAUGAAUUUUCAUUGAUCAUAAAUUAUUUAUUUACCUUUUGGAUAUUCUUCUCAUUACAUAACUUUCCCUAAAAGAACUUGUACAUAUUUUGAUGUAAAAUAGACAAAGAAUACAUAGAGAGCAUUUCACAAAUUUACAAAUUCGUCUCAAGAGUAUCAUGAAAUAUUAUAGGGCUUUUAUGUGUGUAUUUUAUAUUAACAGUUUUUAUUUUUUUCAUCAAUUAAGUACUAAAAUACUUGCUAGAAGCAUAUAGUGAAAAUUUUUAAAGGUUUGUAAGUUACAUUCUUGGUUUUCGACCUGACGCUACUUUUGACAGGAUUCUUCAGUUUGGAGGCUGAAGACUGAAUAUCUGUCACAUUUACGAAUCAAAAGUGGGUUUUGAGUUGCCAUUUCAUCGAUUGUAAAGAAAUGUGUUUGGAGAAGCAAACUCAUUACCCAUUUAGCUUAUUCUUCAAUAGUUUCAUAGAAGACUGAAAUACGAGCUAUAUACUUUAUUUUUUACAAUGGCAUGAUGCAACUACUAAAUUUUAGAUUCUGAACUUUAGAAACAAUUAGGGCUUCCGCUUUCUUUGGUAAUGGUCAGUAUCACGAAAGAAAAAAACGUGCUGGAAGUUUUCUUCGGCUAUUCCCAUCCUUCAUAAUCACUUUCAUCAAAUCUUGAUCUAUUUCAUCAACUGUAAAAUAAUAAUUUACUUCAAAGAAUUUGAGAGGGUUAGUUGUAAAUAAUCCCAACUCCGGCAGUUAUUAUUUGCUUACUACAAGAUGUAUCCAAGUGAUAGGUUUUACUCAUCAUGUAGUUGACUAGUAAAUCGGAGAUCUAACAUUAGCUUGCUUUACUACCGCAUUGCACAGUAAGGUUAAUAACUGCUAUGCUGCUUCAAGGGGUCCUUGAAGAUGGGAAGUGAUCUUGGGAAUCGGAUGAGCUCUGCGGAGUAAAAGACCAAAACUUACUUCUGAGGCAAGUAUGCACUUCGAGCUUUGUUGCAAUAUUUGUAUUUCCUUCCUACUGUGAUCAUUGACUGGUCAUCGAGGUGCUCCAAUUGUUUGCUGGGGAAAAUACAUGCUGGCUGUACUGAUAUUUAUUGCCAACUUUUUAUACAGAUAGCAAAUAACAGUUGAUGCGCCAUUAGAAACGUUGAUGUUAUUUCUAAUUUAGUGGUAUUUUUUUGUUUUAAUUCUUUGUGUUUGGUCAUUUAAAUUCCGCUUUAAAACAAUACUAAAACUAAUUACUGUACGAAAUUACUGCAUCAUCCCUGGAAUGCUGAAGUGGUAACGUGCAGCUAAUAGUUAGAAAGUCUGUGAUUCAAAUUCUGACGAGAACACAAUCAAAUUUUGACAUUUCAUAGUCCGAAAUGCUCUAUUUUACAUAAUCUCUAUUAUGGCGGCCCACCAGCGGCCGAACGGUAAAGUCGCUGAACACUGGUAGUUCGAUCCGAGUUUCGAAUCCCGCGAACGGGCUGGCUGCAUGGGCGUUUUCGUGGUUUCCCCCAUGUGUAACGUGUAUACGAGUCAGUUUCCCUUAGAAAGUCCUCCACGAAGUCAUCUCUCCCCUUAGGCAGAUAGCCCUAGUGUGCUUUGCCAUAAUUGAAUACACCUACACCUAUCUAUUAUGGCGUCCUAAGUAAGAUGCAGUGGACGGCAAUUCGUCACCAUCUGUAUCUGGUUGAUUGAGUCUUGUGCCUCACCGGAACUGUCCUUUAAUUGAGGAAAAAUGUAUAGAAUUUUUCCUUACGUGCUUUCUUGACGUAAAUGGUUAAAUGAUAAGUGUAAUAUCCGUUAUUUGAAUUACAAGAAGGUCACAUCUAUAUUUUUACAUUUCUUACCCCGAGAAUUCUAAUAUGUUCUACAAAUUUAGAUCAGUGAGCCUAUACAUGCUCUAAAGUAAAAUCUAAAGUGAAAUGAAACGAAAUUCUAAAUUAAAUUUCUUUCGGAAUGCUUACAGAUUUGUUAUAUUUUACAAGGAAGAAAAUUCAGAAAUGUUUAUUACAAAGUAAGGCGACAACAAAUUAUUUCACAAUUUAAUCAUAAGUUAACCCUCCAUGUGGCGAUGCUUUACAGAACUAGAAUGGUGUGACUUUUAAAAUGACAAAUUCGGAGUUACAUUUGUUUCUUGGAAUCUGAGCUAGAUUAGAGCUUAGAAAUGCUAGUCUUUCUCAAAUCGCCCAUAAUUUGUCACAACAGAUAUAUCUAGGUAUACUCGAAAUUGAAGACUAAUUGAGCUUUCUCUUGCAUAGCUAUUUCUAAAAAUUGUGAAAUUUAUUUUCAUUAUUUGGAAACAUUUAUAACAAUCAAUGUAAAUAAUUAAAAUUCGAAAGUUCAUGCUUAAGCAUUUUAAUUGUCCAAGUUAAGAAACAUGAUUGUAAAUAUAAAAUAUUGUGGAGUUAUGUAACUAUGACAAUGAAUAAAAGAAUGGAUUAAACAUGA